UCCCUUUUCCCAGAUGCCUUUCAGCCAAACAUGACUUUUGCUUUCGACUCCUUCAACAUCGAAGACCUUCACAACGUGGACCGGGGCGUCAUCGAUAAUCUUUUACCUUUGAUGCGGUAUCAUCAGCACUCGUGGCGUUUCGCCAUUGGUUUAGGCUACGACCAUGUAGGUCGCGGAGUCAGUCCAGACCAUCCCAUCCUCAGAGAAACACUCGAGCAGAUGAACACUCUUUUGCACAAUGUCAUUGCAUCCAUGGACGAUGAUACCCUCACAACUCUUGAGGAUCAAGAAAUGGACAAGACGGGUAAUCAUGGCGGUGAUAAAGUCCUAGAGGCAAUGUCAGCUAUCUGGAUAUAUGGCAAGGUCCCUCUCUCCCUUCCCGAUUCCACAAUUCCAGAGGCCAUUCUACCAAUCAUCACAUUCCCAGAAGCUACGGUCCCCCAUAGCCAUGUAGACCUGGUGCCAACUACUUCCUUGCUCCUUGGUCUUCCCAUCCCAUUCAAUAAUCUCAGAACCAUCAUUCCAGAACUUUUCAGCUGGGAUUCCGACGGUUCAUCUUUGCAGAAAGCCGUGGUUGACAUUUUCUACGCUAUCCCUCUCCGUGAAAGCAAGUCAGACUGGUGA